AUCUCUAGCUAUUCAGAUUAUCUUAAGAAAAUUCGUCGACUUUGCUAGGAGAAGAUAGAGCUCAUCAGGAACCGACUUCGAGGACAAUGUCUGGACAAGUUCCUAUAUCUGAAUCAUCCGACUCAUUCGAGUACAUGUUAUUUGAGGGUGAUCCAGAUCAUCUAAAGCCUGUUAUUUUAAAGCCGAAUAAGAUUAGUGCUUGGAUUAAUCCAGAUAUGCUAAAGCUUGGGCACAGGAUAGGACGGGGUCCUUUUGGUGAUGUUUGGCUUGCAACCCAUCAUCACUCCUUUGAAGAUUAUGAUCGAUGCCAUGAAGUUGCUGUGAAAAUGUUGUAUCCUGUUAAAGAUGAUUAUAUUCAAGUAUUGAUAAGCAAGUUUGAGAAUAUAUUCUCCAAAUGUCAAGGACUAAAAAAUGUUUGCCUUCUCCAUGGUAUUUCAAUUCUGAAUGGAAGGGUUUGCAUUGUUAUGAAGUUCUGUGAAGGAUCUAUUGGUGAUAAGAUAGCUCUUGCUAAAGAUGGAAAGCUUUCACUUCCUGAUGUUCUGAGGUAUGGCAUUGAGCUUGCUGAGGGCAUAUCUCAGCUCCACUCUAAAGAAAUAUUGGUGCUUAAUCUUAAACCUUGUAACUUUCUUCUUGAUGGAGAUGACCAUGCAGUCCUAGGGGAAUUUGGAAUUCCAUUCUUACUUAUUGGAUUCUCGUUAUCAAGUUCAGAUCUUGUACAGAGGCCCGGAAUGUCACACUACAUGGCUCCUGAACAAUGGCAACCAAGCAUCAGGGGUCCAAUUUCCUUUGAGACAGAUUCAUGGGGUUUUGGGUGUAGCAUUGUGGAAAUGUUGACCGGUUAUCAGCCUUGGCACGGCAAGUCUGCUGAUGAAAUAUAUAACUUGGCUGUUAAAAAGCAGGUGAAGCCAAAUAUUCCAACCGGAUUGCCUCCUGAGAUGGAAAAUGUUCUUCAUGGAUGCUUUGAGUAUGACUUUCGAAAUCGUCCUCUAAUGACUGAUGUACUGGAUGUCUUUAAAAGCAUCAGGGACGGAUAUAAAGAUGUAGUCUGGAGUGAUUCCGCAAAGAUUCUGUCAAACAAAUCAUACCAUUCAAGCUACACUGAUUGGUCUCUCUUAAAAGACAUUCUCCAAGUCGGUGAUACUGUUCGCUCAAGGAAGCCAAAAGAUUCUUGUCAACAAACAAACAUGGCCAUAUCUGAAGGAACUGUAGUGGGAUUGGAAACCAAAGAUGAUACUAAUGGUUUUAUUCUUGUCAGAGUCCAUAGGUUCCAUAAUCCUCUUAGGGUUCAUUCUUCCAUGGUAGAGAGAGUGAGCCACGGAUUUGCUGCCGGCGACUGGGUACGAAUAAGCAACGAAGAAGACAUGAAGCAUUCUCCUAUUGGUAUACUGCAUAAGAUUGAUCACAAUGGGAGGGUAACUGUGGCUUUCGCUGGAUUAGAAACACUUUGGGAAGGUAAUCACACUGAGCUUCAAAUGGCAGCAUCCUACUGCAUUGGUCAAUUCAUUAGAAUAAAAUCAAAUGUAUCAAAUCCAAUGUUUGAUUGGCCUAAGAAUAAAGGAGGCAUAUGGGCAACUGGAAGAAUCAUGCAAAUUCUUCCAAAUGGGUGCUUGGUGGUGAGAUUUCCAGGCAGAUUAAGCUUUGGAGAUGCUCCCAACUACCUCGCAGAUCCUUCGGAGGUUGAAGCGGUCUCGUUCACCAGCUGCUAUGGUGUGGUGAAGAAGUACCAACACCUUGAGGAUUAUCAUUGGUCUGUUAGGCCUUUAGUUGUUGCUUUGGGUUUGUUCGCUGCACUAAAGCUUGGAGUAAUUGUCAGGAAUGGAAUGGUGAAGAAAGAAGUGAAAGCUUUGCAUGGUGAAUCACCAAAGAGGCAGCAAGAGAAGAAAGUUCAGCAUGUUCAGAAUGGAAGCAGUUCAGCUUGGUUUCCUUCUUCAGUUGCUAAUGUGCUUUUUGGAGAGCCGGUUGCUCCUUCCAGGUAGUUUUUGAUAAUGUGGUGUGGAUUCAGACUUAAUAUACAUGUAAAUAGGCCUGACUGGGUGUAUAUAUGGAUCAAAACAUGAAUCCGGAAACAUUUUUUGUUGUUUUUUGUUGAAAUAUGUUUGGGGGGAAGUGAACUUAUUUUGGUUAUGAUUAUGGCUUCGUUUGAAGUAAUGUAAUUGUUCAGCAAAUUUCUUUUAGAAGCCGCAUUCUUCGAAUCGUUGAAUGCCAGUUACGAUUUGAAACCGUGAAAAUUUAUCUUUCUUGCGAAAGAACUUUGGGAGAUAUUUAUUCCUCGCUGCUUCACCAAACUAAAAUUUUUUCAGGCGUCGGCAUUCUCACCAAUCAAAUCGAGUUUCAACGCCUUCUCAAACGAAGCCUAUAUACUUGAUGUGCUCUUUAAAUCUUGAAUCGCAUCAUAUGCUUUCACUUAUUUCUUUUUUGGCUAAGUAGAUUCUCACAAUUCUUCAGCACUCCAUGAUGUAAUACAUUUUACUCAAUUCAUUCGCUGAGCCAUAUUUUAAUCAGGGCUUAAUUAGGUUGAGACAGC